AUGUCGCAGGCGUCUGCCCCGAGUAUCGACGACUGGCGAUGUCCCGUGUGUCUGGAGAUGCUGUGUAAGCCCGUGGUCGGGGCAUGCGGGCACGUGUUCUGCUUCUGGUGCGAGCACAAGAGCAUGGACGUCUUCGACAAGAGUAGUUGCCCCACCUGUAGGAUGCCCUUCUCCAACCUCCCGGCGGUCUGCGAGGCUCUCCACUUCCAUCUGGGAAGGACCUAUCCCAAGGAGUACGCGCGGAGGUUAAGAGAGUGUCACGAGGAGGAGAAGAAGACCGGGAACUUCAGCCCGAACCCCACCCCGGUGUUCCUGUUCGACUUUAGCAAGGUAAAUGAACUCCUCUCGAGAGGUUUACAAAACAGAGGCAGCGAGAAGCGAUUGUUCGACUUCCUGGAGGCACAGGAGCCCAUGACAGAACCGGACAUGAACGGCAUCUUCGAAUGCACACCCGGUAUGGAAGACGUGGAAACUCACGUCCUGUGGGAACCCGUGGUGCUCAACUGCGGCCACGCGGUUUGCAAGUCCUGUGCGUCGAGCACGCUGACCUUCGGCCCCGGGUCGACGAGCCUGUGCCCGUGCGGCGACUGCCGCAUGAGGGUCGUGGGAGACAAGAUGCCCGCCGUGUGCAAACUGAUGCAAAGAGUCAUCGAGGCCAGCCCGAUAGCCGAGAGGGUUCGGAGGGAGGCGGCCUUGCGAGAAGAGGCUGCGUGGGUAAACGCGGAGACGGAACUGGCUGAGGAAGAGGAAGAGGAGGAGGAUCAUGAUGGGGAGGAGGAGGAGGAUCAUGACGGGGAGGAGGAGGAGGAUCAUGAUGGGGAGGAGGAGGGAGAGGAGGCAAACCCCUUGCCCGGCGCUGUCCCCGAGGGUGGCGAAGCGGACGUGGACGUGGACGACUUGAGGCCGAACCCAGAGACGUUUGUGCACGUGGCUGUGGGAUGCGACGCGUGCGGGGUUUACCCCAUCAAAGGUCGAAGGUUCAAGUGCAUCGAUUGCCCCGAACGCAUGGGUUUCGAUCUUUGCGGCGCGUGUCACGGUUUGGUCGAGGCCAGGUUCGUGGAGCGCGGCCCUCGGCUCGGCGCCAUCGAGGGCCGCUUCAACCAGCAGCACAGGCCGGGCCAUCGGAUGCGAGAGGUUCAUCCCGUGCCGAACUUCUUCCACAUCUUGCAGCAAAGACAUCCCGACCUGAACCCAAGACAGAUCAUGAACUUUAUAGAGGAGCAAAUCUUGGCACAGCAGGAAGGUGGGGACGGGGACCCGAUCACCAACGCGGCUGACAACAUAGUGGCAGAAAUAUUGGACAAUCUCGAACCGAACGUUGACGGCGCCGUCGCGGCAGAGGAGGGCACGGCGGGGGGCAACAUCAUGGAGGCCGGCUUGGAGGGCGGACCAGUCGAGGACGUGGUUCGGGCGGACGCGGAGGCGGAGGAGCUCCUCACUAGACAACUGUUCGGAGAUGAAGACGAGGAGGAGGAGGAGGAGGAGGAAGAGGGUGACGUGGAGGUGGAGUACUUGAGCGAAGAAGACGAGGAACUCGCCGCCGAUGCGCGACGAAGGGGUCUGGACGCUAGCUAG